GCUCGCUCGUCUUCGCUGUCUGUGGCGAGCCUUGUUGUUGUUGACGAAAUUUGACAAGAGGGAGCAAAAUAUUGGGAUUUAUUGAAAGUGUAGAUUGAAUUUCAAAAUCAGCCAUGGCUGAAGACAGGGAGAUCUUGCGUGAAGUGUGGGAUGGCAGAGUUGCUGUUUGCGUGCAGCUUGCAAGUGAAGAUUGCAACACACUGAGCGCCCCAGACCCUUACUACCUCAUGGUACCAAGACUAUCCUACUUCCCUCUAGUUACAGAUAAGGUACGAAAACAUUUUCUCCGCUUCAUCACAACAGAACUUAAUGAUGCUGAGAUGUGGUUGGAAUCCGAUGGCACUCCUUUGAAAUGGCAUUAUCCUGUUGGUGUUUUGUUUGACCUUCAUUGUGGUGGCGCUUCCCUACCUUGGAACCUCACAGCCCACUUCUCCCACUUCCCAGAGCAGGAGCUCAUCAAGUGCUCUUCCAGAGAGGUUGUAGAGUCCCAUUUCCUUUCAUCCUUAAAAGAAGCUGAUGGUCUGAAGCACAGAGGGCAGAUCAUUACCAAUAUGCAAAGCAAGGAUCACAAGCAACUAUGGAUGGGACUUUGUAAUGAUAAGUUUGAUCAAUUUUGGGCCAUUAAUCGGAAGCUUAUGGAUAGUACCCCAGAGGAAGGCUUUAAACACAUUCCCUUCCGUCUGCACUCGCCCUGCCAGCCCCCAAUUCAGAGGCUUAUCAGACCUCUCUCAGAUGACGGAAGGAAGGUGACAUUGGGUGACCUCCUGCAAGAGUUUUUGCCUGAUUCCAAUAAUGAAGGAGACCGCAUAGUGAUCCAGGGGAUUGAGGCCCCACGAGAGACUCCAUUACAGUGGCUUAGUGAACAUCUCAGUCACCCAGAUAAUUUUCUUCAUAUUUGUUAUGUCCCUACUCAGAUGUCAUGACCAGUGUACUUCAGUCACAUAGCUUCAGGAUGUACACUUUUUAGCAUAUUUGCUUCAUUGACAGUAUGUUGAGGAUUACAAGUGAAUGUUACAAGUUUUCUUUGCGUAAUGCAUAAGAAAAACCUGUUGUGUAUGAUCUUGCAGAAAAUGUUUUGUGAGCUGUCUUUAUUAAAGUUGCCAUCCAUAAAGCAAUUCAAAUGACUGGAAUGGUAUUGCAUCUGUUGUUCUGUUACCAUUCUAGCUUGUAGAAAGUGUCUGUAACAUGACUCUCCCUCUACAAUUUGUGUAAACUCAGCAUAUUUCAUUGCAGGUGAAUGUUUUACCAUGCAUUUCAUGCUUAGUUUGUAAAAGCAUAUAUAAAAUUGUAUGCAUGUGUUUUUUGGGUAUAAAUGUUUUUGCUUGUGUUGAUGAAUAUCUGUGUUAGAGAAAGAAAGAUAAAAAGCUAUAUAAGUGAAUGAAAGCAUAACUCAUCUCUGUGUUUGCACUGUAAGCAGUGCAAGUUAAUUCUUUUCUCUCUUUAUUUAUAACUUUUCUUGUUAUAAAAUCAAUGUGAAAUGUGCUAAGCAUUCCCAGGGAAUGCUUUUGUUCACAUCAUUAUUUUAUCUUAUUGAAAUACUGACACUUCUCUGCUUAUUUACAUUUACAUGUUUUAUAUAUGAAAAUUUCUGAAGUGUUCUUAUUUGUUUUUUGUAAAACAUUUCCAGUAGAAUCUACAUAGAAUAUUUAUCCAUUACCCAUCAAAUUAUCAUAGGGUUUUUCAAGUUACUAAAAAUUAAACAACUUAAAAAUGUUCCCAAUUUCCAGUUGAAUUAAAUGUUUUAGAGAAAAUACAUAUGCAACUACAUUGAAUAAUAGUAUUUUAUGUCCAUCAAGAAGAUUGGUAUUUUUGCCAUACGAGGUUAGUGUAAAAGUAUAUUAUGAUGAUAUUGAAUGGGCAUAAAAAAGUCUUUUUGAAAAUUACAUAAAAUCAGAUUUUUCAAUUUUGAUUCUACAUUUUGUUUAUUUAAAGUAUUGAGCCCAUAUUUGUUUAUCUGAAUUUGAAAUUUAAUUUUGUAUAAUAGAUUAAGUGUCCAACUACAAAAAUCUGUGUUAUAAAUAACAUGACAGAUGGCUGAUUUUUUAAGUUUUUAUCUUGUUUAAUUGUAAAAGAAUUCAGAAAAAGUCCUAUUGUACACCAGCAUGGGUUUCCCUUCUGCUCUUCUCUUUACAACAGGAACAAGUCAUUAUUAAGAUGUGAUAUAUUUAUGUACAGAAUAUGAUUAAUAUUAUAUCCAAGACCAA